CUAGGGAUUUAUGAUAUGGCCUUUCUACAGCGGCGGCGGCGGCGGAGGGAAGACAUGGCCGACUGGAUCUGACUGCGACGCUGCCUCCGAGCCCAGAAAUCCCAGCUCUGGCAAAGGUUGGCAGCAUCAGUUCUCGAGCUGGCAUUGUCCCGCUGGCAGGCAAAGCCCCAGAGCCAGCUCAGAAGGAAGGUGGCCCUGUGUAGAACAUCUCUUGCCAACGUGGCCUCAACCCAAAAUCGUGGGGCUGGAGCAAAACCUCAGCCUGUGGAGACUCAGCAAUCUGGCUGCCUCUCUGGUUUCCCUCACCAGCCCUGGCAUCGUAAACCUCUCCCCAGCAGUAUUGCUUCUUGGAAGGAGGUGAUAACGCUGUCUCACGCUGGGAACCACUGGGUAGAUGACUUGACACAGCCCUCUCAUCAGGAAGGACCGUGGGUGGCAGCAGCAGCAGAAGCGACCUCCAGGCCGCUCUCCGGCCUUCACGAACCCACAGGUAUGCCUUGUGGGUCUCGGCAGCUCCAAUGGCUUUCCUGUCCCGGUUCUCCAGGAAUGGCACCAGGUCACCGAGCCGGGGCUCGCGGGAAGAGCGCCACAGCCACCCCAUCCUCAGCGUCUUCGAGCUGGAAAGGCUGCUGUACACAGGAAAGACAGCCUGUAAUCACGCUGAUGAGGUCUGGCCAGGACUCUACCUGGGAGAUCAAGAUAUAGCUGCCAACCGGCGGGAGCUGGCUCACCUCCGCAUCACCCACAUCCUCAACGCCUCGCACAGCAAGUGGAGGGGGGGUGCCGAGUACUACGAGGGCACGGGCAUCCGCUACCUGGGCAUCGAGGCCCACGACUCGCCUUCCUUUGACAUGAGCCCCUACUUUUAUCCUGCAGCUGACUUCAUCCACCAAGCGCUGAAUGAAGGAAGGAUCCUUGUGCACUGUGCUGUCGGGGUGAGCAGGUCGGCCACCUUGGUCCUCGCCUACCUCAUGAUCCGCCACCACAUGCCCCUUGUAGAAGCCAUAAAGACGGUCAAGGACCACCGCGGUAUCAUCCCCAACCGGGGUUUCUUGCGCCAGCUGGUCGCCCUGGACAAUGCCCUGAGGCUGAAGAGGAGUUCGUGAAGGAGGAUGAGAGGGGUUGUGUGGUGGGAACGUUGUGUGUGUGGUGCUCAGCUGACCCCGGUGCCCGCUGAGUGGUGGAGAUAGGGCUUUCCUCGCGGUGCAGAUGCUUGGCAGCUAAUGGGUUACAUGCAACUGGCCCCUGGGCCUCCCCUUCAGCUAAGGGGGUCCCCAGACACACGAGCUAUUCCUAGUGGUGAAGCAUAGGCCCUCAACCUGCAAUCUUGCCACCUAGGUAGGCGUAACAUGUAGCCUCCUCCCCAGCCUGCUCGCUCCAAGAUGCCUCCUGAGGGACUCGGCCCCACGUUUCAGGUUAUUCUAUCCCUGUUGGCUCCGGGAAGCCUUCAAGGCUUCAUUCUCCCACGUGGCAGACGUGUUUGCCGAGCCGGUCCUGUCCCUUUCCCUCCCAGGAGACUGAAGCUCUGUGCGUUCCGUGUCUCGUUUCCCAUUUGUUUUUGGUCUGUGUAGCAACGUGAAUUUAGGUCUGGUGUGUGGGCUCAGGCAAACAGGCCUUUUGUCGUAGUGUUUGGAUGUCCUCCAUGCCUAGUGUCAACCUGUAAAAAUAAAGACAGUGCAAAGGAAAAA